AUAUAAAGCAUGUGUGAUAUCUUGGUGUAAAGGAAUUGUUUAUAUUUUGAAAUUAGUUAGCUAAUUGAUCUUAAGUGGAUCUUUGUUCUUGUUAGUAUUUGAGGUUUGAUUUAUGCGGAUUUUAAAAAUUUGUCGGCUUUUACGUAAAAAAUAUAUAAAAGAAAUUGUACUAAGGUGGUGAGAUGUAUGAAACUUACUAGCUAACGUUAUCUAACAAACUAGCUAGCUAAUACUGUGGCGUACAGCCCGUACCAUCCGAGGUAGCUAGAUUGCUCUUUUUCUUCAAUCCGCUUGGUAUGGUGGAAAUGUCCUAAAUCUUAUUCAAUUCUGUUAGUAAUAGAAAGCCAUGGCAACGUAUCGGAAAAAAGUUGAUAAUCGGAUUCGUGUGCAAAUCGAAAAUGGAGUCGCACAGCUUCAUCGCACAAUGUUUGUCAUUGUCGGUGAUCACGGCAGAGACCAGGUUGUCAUUCUACACCACAUGCUCUCCAAAGCUACGGUGCGAGCACGACCGUCCGUCCUGUGGUGUUAUAAGAAAGAACUUGGCUUUAGCAGUAACCGUAAAAAGCGGAUGCGGCAGCUUCAGAAAAAAAUCAAAACUGGAACUCUGAACCUGAAGCAAGAUGACCCAUUUGAACUUUUUAUUGCUGCCACCAACAUCCGCUACUGUUACUACAACGAAACUCACAAAAUCCUGGGCAACACAUAUGGCAUGUGUGUUCUACAGGACUUUGAGGCUCUAACUCCCAACCUGCUGGCUCGGACUGUUGAGACAGUGGAAGGGGGAGGCAUUGUAGUGAUUCUGCUCAGGACCAUGAACUCCCUGAAGCAGCUCUACACAAUGACAAUGGAUGUCCAUUCUCGCUACCGGACAGAGGCUCAUCAGGAUGUUGUGGGAAGGUUCAAUGAAAGAUUUAUCUUGUCUCUCUCCUCCUGUAAAGCCUGUGUUGUCAUUGAUGACCAGCUCAACGUUCUGCCUAUCUCUAAGCACAUUGCAAACAUCAAGCCUGUCCCACCUAAACCACAGGAUGACGGUCUGUCACCACGAGAACAAGAGCUAAAGGACCUGAAGGAAUCCCUGCAGGACACACAGCCAGUGGGCGUUCUAGUGGAUUGCUGUAAAACCAUGGACCAGGCCAAGGCUGUGCUGAAGUUCAUUGAAGCGAUUUCAGAAAAGACGCUGCGCAGCACGGUAGCCCUCACUGCUGCCCGAGGCCGGGGCAAGUCUGCCGCACUGGGCCUGGCAUUGGCUGCAGCUGUGGCCUUUGGAUAUUCCAAUAUAUUUGUCACGUCUCCCAGCCCAGACAACUUGCACACUUUGUUUGAGUUCAUAUUUAAAGGCUUUGAUGCCCUUCAGUAUCAGGAACAUCUCGAUUACGAAAUAAUCCAGUCUUUGAAUCCUGAGUUCAAUAAGGCUGUGGUCAGAGUGAACAUUUUCAAGGAACAUCGACAGACCAUUCAGUACAUCCAUCCUGCUGAUGCUGUGAAGUUAGGUCAGGCAGAGUUGGUGGCCAUCGAUGAGGCUGCUGCUAUCCCUCUGCCUCUGGUGAAGAAACUCCUUGGGCCUUACCUAGUGUUCUUGUCAUCUACCAUCAAUGGGUAUGAGGGCACUGGGCGCUCCCUUUCUCUCAAGCUCAUUCAGCAGCUCAGGCAGCAAAGUGCAGAUAGCCAGCAGAGUCUCUCGGCUGAAAACAAAAUGACCAGCACAGCCAGACUGGUGGCAGCCCGCACCCUCCAUGAGGUGUCUCUCCAUGAAUCCAUCCGCUAUGCUCCAGGAGACGCUGUGGAGAAGUGGCUCAAUGAGAUCCUGUGUCUGGACUGCCUGAGCGUGCCACGCAUCAUCUCGGGUUGCCCUCUGCCUGAAACCUGCGACCUGUACUAUGUGAACAGAGACACUUUAUUUUGCUACCACAAAGCUUCAGAGACCUUCCUUCAGCGCCUUAUGUCCCUCUGUGUCGCUUCUCACUAUAAGAACUCCCCCAAUGACCUGCAGAUGCUCUCUGAUGCUCCAGCCUACCACCUCUUCUGUCUGCUGCCCCCUGUUCCUCCCACACACAACUCUCUGCCUGAGGUCUUAGCAGUUGUGCAGAUGUGUCUGGAGGGGGAGAUUUCCCGUCAGUCAAUCCUUAAUAGCUUGUCCAGAGGUAAAAAAGCCUCUGGAGACCUCAUUCCCUGGACAGUGUCAGAGCAGUUUCAAGAUUCAGAGUUUGGUGGUCUCUCAGGGGGAAGGGUGGUCCGGAUAGCAGUGAACCCAGACUAUCAGGGGAUGGGUUAUGGGACUCGUGCACUGCAGCUUUUGCAGCGUUACUAUGAGGGACAGUUUCCUCUAUUGGACGAGAGGCAGCAGGCAAACACCGGGGCAAUUAACUCGGUCAGCAGCGAGGCCGUCAGUCUCUUGGAAGAGGUCGUGUCUCCCCGGACAGACCUGCCACCCCUCUUGUUGAAGCUGAAUGAGAGGGCAGCCGAGAGGUUGGACUACCUGGGAGUGUCAUAUGGUCUCACACCACAAUUGCUCAAGUUCUGGAAGAAGGCAGGCUUUGUUCCAGUUUAUUUAAGACAAACUCCAAAUGACCUGACAGGGGAGCACUCCUGCAUCAUGCUAAAAGAGCUAAACACAGAGGACUCAGCUGGGCCAGGCCAAUGGCUACCUGCCUUCUGGAAGGAUUUUCGACGGAGGUUCCUCUCUCUGCUUUCCUACCAGUUCAGCAGCUUUAGCCCAACAUUGGCCUUGAACAUACUGCAGAACAGGAGUGUCGGAGAUGACAGUCCUGCAUUGCUCUCCAGUGCAGCGUUAGCUGCCCAAUUCAUCCCAUAUGACCUGAAACGUUUGGAGAUGUACUCUAGGAACAUGGUUGAUUACCACCUCAUUAUGGACAUGGUCCCUGCUGUGGCCCGGAUGUUCUUCCUCAAACAGCUGGGCGACAUCUCACUUUCUGCUGCUCAGUCUGCUUUGCUUUUGGGACUUGGGCUGCAGCACAAGUCUGUAGAUGACCUGGAAAAGGAAAUCGAGCUGCCCAGCUCCCAGCUCAUGGGCCUGUUCAACCGGCUCAUCCGCAAGGUGGUACAGUUCUUCAACAGUCUCCAGGAGAAGGCAAUUGAGGCAGAGAUGGCUGACAUUAAAGACAUUACCAUGGAACCAACUGCUCGGUCACUGCGGGAAGAUCUGAAUGAGGCAGCCAGAGAAUUCAGAGAGAAACACAAAGAGGACAUGGAGAAGAUUAAGGACAUGGAUCUUUCCCAGUACAUGAUCCGAGGAGAUGAUGAGGAAUGGGACCAAGUGCUGAAGAAAGCAGGUCACACGGCUAUUGUGAGCAUAAAGAGUGACAAGAAAAGAAAAUUGGAGGGUGUAAACAAGAGCGAGCAAUGGCAAGGCAAAAAGCAGAAGAAAAAUAAGGAGAAAAAGGCCAAAUUUGGAAAGAAAGCAUAAGUACUGAGAAAUUCCUGAUUUUUCUACCUGAUUUACUUUUAAUAAUGGACACAAAAUGGCUUUGAACUGAAGAAUUUUUUAUUGUACCAUUCAUAUUAAUGAAAAUAUUUAAACAUGUUAAGCCACCUUUAGUCUAGCUAUGUAGCUAGUAAGGAUAAAAUGGUAAGGUGAUUUGUGGAUGUAUUGAGAUUGCAGAGAAUGAAGGUUGGCUUAAGAGUCCUAGAAAUGGAACACCUUUUUUAUGUUUUCAGCAGAUUUGCUGAACAUUGACUUUGUAAAUCAUUUUGACAAUGUACAAUAUACCAUACACUCUGCAGAGAGUGAAUAAACCUUUUUUAAGGGCCUUAAA